AUGGGAAUGCCGCCCACCAUAGAGGAACUGAAAAGGGAAAAAAUUAUCCCUCAUGUCUUUCCGGACGAAAAUGUAAACUUGACUGUAGACAUGUACAUAAGUUUUAAAUCAGGAAAGGAAGUAAAUCAUGGGAAUAUAUUAGAUUUGGCUGGGACAGGAAGUGUUCCUAGGAAUAUAAAAUUUUCAGAAGCACCCCCAGAUGAUUAUUGCUAUAUUUUGUUCAUGAUCGAUCCUGAUUUCCCUUCUAGAAGAAGACCCGAUGGAAGAGAUUAUGUUCAUUGGGCUGUGUCCGGGAUCAAAUCCAAGGAGCUAAUAAAGGGGACGGAUAAAAACUGUAUUACCUUAUUGCCCUAUGUAGGUCCUUCCAUUAAGAAAGGAACCGGGUUGCACAGAAUUUCUUUUAUUCUUUCGUUAAUGAAGGAAGAAAACAAGGGCAACAUUAACGGGGUGCCUCUUUACCGAGGCGAAAAUUACAUUACCAGAGUUAAGUUUAACAACUUCCAGACUGCUUAUAACGUUAUACAAAUGAAUGAAAUGAAAAUUGUGGGUUUUAACUGGUGCCAGAUAGAGGCAUAA